GUUCUGAGUUCAUUUGGCAUGGCAAAGUCGACGGGGCCCGUCGCAGCACGGCAAAACGAACAGUCCGCUUUUUCUCCAGGCCAAAGUCAGUAAAGAGUACGAAGCACGGAGUAGGGUUCGGGGGUCCAUCAGGCAACGUAGGAGGGUGGACAAGAGGCAGAGAGUCUGACGAUGAGCGAUGGCUGCUCCGUCGGCGCAGCCCAGCCCAAUCCGAUCCAAGACCGUCUGAACCCACGCGAGCCAGGCUGUCAGGGGAGAAGACAGACGGCCGAGACAGCGAGAUUGAUUGAAGCGAGGCAGAGCAGAACAGAGCAGACCAGUGCAGAGAGGCAUACAGACGCUACACUCACUGCGUUUUCCCUCUCCCUCUCAGCUCUCAGCCCAGCUUUCUUCCUUUCCACGACUCUUUUCUCCCUCUCUCUUUCUCUUCCCUUUUCCUUCCUCCACACUCGCUCGUUCGUUCGUUCGCCUUCUCCUCCCCUCCCCUCCCUCUCGUCUCGAAUCGACAGGGCGAUGCCAGCGACGAGUCAAUCCCAACGACGAGCCAUCUGGGAGACGUGGACCACAGACACCCUCCUAGCAUCCUGCACGCCGACAGUCAAAUAAACGCGGCUCCAACAUAAACCGAGCGGGCUGCCUUGCCUUGUGUUUCCCCGUCGUCCCGCUCCUCCUCCCCUCUUCAUCCCGUCCGAUUUCUUGGGUCCAAAAGAGAGAGAGAGAGUGAGUGAGAGAAAAGCCACGAGCUAACUGAGGAGCGCCCGUCUUACCGUCGACGAGAUCCAAGCCCAGCCUUCCGCGGCGCCCAAAUCCAAGGACACGGACAGAUAUCCCGCGCAUACGCCAUACCAGCUGUCAUCGACUCUGCGCACAUACAUUCACUAUACACUACUACCACGGAUACAUCGUACACUACUCUACACACACUACACACGCACAUCAUCGACCCUGGCCUUCUCUUUUGACUCCAUCGGUUCCUGCUUCUACGCCCGCACUAACGAUCAUCCCGUGUUGGAUCACGGCAACUUGGAUGCAGGUCCACAGACACACACAGAGACGGCAAAAGAGAAACCAUCGAGACAGGCACUUGGUCAGUUCGGCGGGCAUUCCAUUGCUGCUACGACCGACACUUGGGGUUGCGCUGGUUUCUUCCCCUCCCUCCCUUUAGCAACCUUGCCCAUCCCACACCAUAAUCACAACCAUACUAUCCGGUCCAUCAUCCGGUCCAUCAUCCGGUUCAUACCAGAAUCUUUCUCCUCGUUCCCACGUCGCGCCCAGCGCUAGAUCCUAGACCCCCCCCGGCCGCUUGGAAAUCUUGCACUCCACCUUCCGCACUCACACCCCCCCUGGUUCUGACUGCGAUACACACUCCUUUUUUUUCUUCUUCUUUCCCUUCCUUCAUUCUUAUUCAUUUGUCGUCUAUCGUCGAUAAAUACACAUACCAUCACACACAAAACCCAACGGUCAACAGUACAAUCGAUCGAGUACUGGAAACCUCCCCGCUUUAUAACAUCGGUACAGGUUCGCGGGCGCUUCGUGUUGUCCAGCUCUCCACAGAAGACGACCCGACCGACAUUGACGCAUAACCGGGGCCAUGUCCGCAAAUGCUUGGCCCGGGGCCGAUGGCUCCUCCCAGCGGCCCAGCCAACUGUCGCAGAAGGAUAUCGUUCUCGACCGACAGAUGAUCAAGCACCUCCUUGGCAGAUACGGACCAGACGAACUGAGCCGCCUCAUCCAGGAGACGACGGGGCCUCAGUCGGACGGCGCAUCCAUCGUGUCUUCUGCACAGUCGUCCAUCCUAUCGGACGACCCCUCGAGCGUCUGGGACACCCAGAGCGUCAGGACCUUUUCUUCCGACGCGUCCUCCAUCACUGGCAGCAUCAUCUCCAACGUUUCCCGGGGUACAUCCAAGAUUCUAGGUCGACGCAGUCAGAGCAGCAGCAGCAGCAGUGCCGCCGCAGCAGCCCAGGCACAGGCACAGGCGCAAGUACACGCGGCACAACAAGCUGCCCACCAGGCCCACCAGGAGGAGUCGUGGAAUGACGUGCCUACGUCGUCCAACACGGCACCCGACGCCGCGUCGAGCACGACGAGCUCAUCGAAGCAGAAGGGGGCCUUUAUGUGCGGCUUUUGCAAGGAGGAGGACAUCACCAAGACGUGCACGCGCAAGAACGACCUGAAGCGCCACAUCGAGGACUUCCACAACGUCAACGCCCAAUGGUUCUGUCGGCACCGCGGCUGUCAGAUGGUCUUUGACUGGCAGGGCGCAUACAAGACGCAUUUGAAGCAGGCUCACGGCGGUUCCAGGAUGUCCUUGGAUGAGGCCAAGGUCAACCUGUGCCCUCAGGUCGUCUUCGCGUGCGGCUUCGAUAACUGCCUGCAAGUCUUCGAGGCGCAGGGCGACACGGACGCCAGCUCCACGUUCAAGGAGUACGUGAGCCACGUCGUGAAGCACUUCGACGAAGGAUCAAACAGCGGCGAGUGGACGUACUCGGCCAGGAUACGCAACCUGCUUCGGCAGAACCAGGUGCAGGCUACCUGGAACGAGUCCAUGUGGAACGAGGUCUCGCGCAACAGCCUGCAAUGGAGCCCCCAGACGUCUGGCAUCUUGAGGAAACGACUCGAGUGCCGCCACAUUGGCGACGUCAAGCUGCUCGUGCAGUACGCCCUCAUGCUCGGCUCCGACCCGGGCACUGCCGUCAAGUUCCGCGAGGACUUUGUCACACCGGUCGCCGACACGUGCACCCUGCACAUGCCGGGCCAUAGGUCACGACAGCCGAGCGUCGCAGCGCCCGAACCGGCCGAUCCGUUCUCGUUCAAGAUAUCGCGCGGCGCGAACCCCGCCCUCGCCGCCUACAUGGCCUCUCAGCGGAGAGUCUACGUGCCCAGACAGCAGCGGGUUGCGAGACCGCCGCAGCUUCACCACCCGCACCAGCAGCAGGUGCAGGUGCCGGCAUCGAACUCGAUGGCCAGCCACUCCCGGCUGUCGCACUCGUCCCACUCGAGCCAUCACGGCCACCAGCAGCAGGGCCACCACGGCAGCCAGAACCACAGCACGCUCGGGCACUUCUUCCAGACGCCGCUGGACUCCUCGUCGAUGUACGACCCGAAUGGCAACGCCCAGGCCUUCGGGUCCAGCAGCGGCGCCAUGCACCACGGCGGCAUCAUCGCAGACGACAUGCAGAGUCUGAGGGGCAUGACAGCAGGCACGCCCGAGUCUUCGGACGUGGAGAUGCAGGACCCGGGCAUGAUGGCAGACUUUUCUUCGCAGUACGCGUCGCACGCGGCCAGUCUCGCAAGCCCGGCCAUCUCGGCCCACACGGACGGCUUCUUCCCACCAGGGCAGGCUUACUAGACAGGGCGUUUUCACGAGCUGCGUCUCGGAUCCGCUCGCCGGCCUCGGUGAGAUAGUUCGUGGGAGAGCACCGACUGAGGGCGCCAGCUGGUCCAUGUUGCCAGCAUCAACAUACUACUUCGGCUUUCAUCUCGCGCAGCAGAUGGCUUCUUCUUCUUUUGCUUUACAUAUCGUUUCGAUUUUCCUUUGUCGGAGUUUUCUAGCAACGAUGACAUAUACCCCCACAAACGGUCGACUGCCACAUUUUCCUAUAAUUCCGCUGUAUCUACGACCACAGACCUAGGACGGACAUGACGACCGGACGAGAAAGAGGAGGGCUCUUUGUAUAUAACGAUCAUGGUCAACCGGGGUUGUGGUCGUCACGAGGCGGCUGAUUCUCUCUCAGGAGACAGUAGGAAGAUGCAGAACAGGUGGUCGAACUCUUGUUAGAGAGAAGGAGAGAGAGAGAGAGAGAGAGAGAGAAGAUGGGAUAAGAGGUAUCGUAGAGUCAAACGGCGGGUCUCAAAUCCAGAGCAACAGAUAGACGUCGACUACAGGAGGCGGGGUGGGCCUGAUCAGGGCCCAACAAAAGGUGAUCAUCUGGGUGACGUGCUGAUGGCUUAUUACGGCCUCACGUAUUACACCCAUGGCCGGAACAGUUAAAAUCGAACAUGUUUCCCCUACCAGCGCUAGGACUCCGAUUUCCACUUCAAGGUUGAGAUGAGAUAACAUUAGAGAUGUCGCGACGUCUUUUUUUGCCUUUUGAUUUUUCUAUUCGCAAAAUUUCCUAAACCCAAACCGACCGCCCUG